AUGUCUAACACAGAUCCGCCUGAUACCGUUACUGGCGCUGCUGCAGACCGCGCGGAGCAGCUGGCAAAGGAUCUUGCCCGUGCCAAAGAGGCUGGAUGGACUAACCCAAUCCCCUUCCGGUAUGACACUGUUGUCGGAGGCACGCCUGCUGCAGACGAGACUCGCGACACCGCUCCCUGGCUGUCAGAUGCCGCCGUCUAUCAGUGGGAUGAUGACUUUGGCGAUGUUGGUGAGCCCAAUCCUGAGCUGGAGAAGAUGCUUUUCCAGGAUGAGUAUCUGCAGCGUGCCGGCAGUGCGAUCAGCGCUCUCUCAUUCGAAGUCACUGUUCAAGGCCCUACUAAGAUCAACCCUGUUCGCAACUUUGAGGAUGCCGGUUUGCACCCGAUCAUGCUUGAGAAUGUCAAGUUGUGCCAGUAUGGUGCGCCAACUCCUAUCCAGUCGUAUUGCAUCCCAUCCAUUCUGACUGGGAACGACGUGGUCGCUAUUGCGCAGACUGGAUCUGGAAAGACGGCUGCAUUCCUAAUUCCCAUCCUCUCAAAACUCAUGGGUAAGGCUCGCCAGUUGGCGGCACCUCGACCCAACCCAGCCCGCUACAACCCUCUUACAGACCGGGUUCGUGCCGAGCCUCUGGUACUGGUUGUGUGUCCUACUCGUGAGCUCGCUACUCAGACGUUCGACCUGACUCGUCGCCUGUGCUACCGUACAAUGUUGCGCCCUUGCGUUGUGUAUGGAGGUGCUCCUACGAGAAAUCAGCGCGAGCAGCUCGAGAUGGGCUGUGACAUCCUCAUUGCCACUCCAGGACGUCUCAUGGACUUUAUGCAGAAUAUUAAUCUCCUUUCACUCCGUCGCCUCAAGUUCACCGUCAUCGACGAAGCUGACGAGUUGCUUUCGAGUGGCUGGGAGGAAGCCAUGGAGAAAGUGUUCUCGGGUACUGACGUCAACUCCGAUGCGGAUCAUACCAUUAUCAUGCUCUCUGCUACUUUCUCCAAAGCAGCUCGUAGGCUUGCCAAGGAGUACAUGGAAGAAGACUUUGUUCGAAUCAAAGUAGGAAGGGUCGGUAGCACCCAUCGCAACAUCAAGCAGGAGAUUCGCUUCGUUGAGGACACUGAUAAGGACGAGGCGCUCUUCGAUUUGCUCUUCUCUGGUGGCCCACAGCGUUCCCUCAUCUUCGUCAACACUAAGUACAAAUGCGAUAAGGUCGACGACUAUCUGUACAAUAAAGGCUUGCCCGUCACUUCGAUCCACUCAGAUCGCACUCAGCGUGAGCGCGAGGAUGCUCUUCGUUCGUUCCGGACUGGCCGUUGUCCUAUUCUAGUCGCUACCGGUGUCACUGCUCGUGGUCUCGAUGUCGCCAACGUUAAGCAUGUCAUCAACUACGACCUACCCUCAGGCCAGCACGGUGGCAUCACCGAGUACGUUCAUCGCAUUGGCCGCACCGCGCGUAUUGGCAACGAAGGGAAAGCCACCUCUUUCUUCAACGACGACAACAAGGAUAUUGCUGAAGAUCUGGUCAAGGUUCUCAUAGAAUCGGAGCAGGAGGUGAGCGACUUCCUUGAGGAGUUCAAGCCUCAAAACCUGUCGGCGAUUGAGUGGCAUGAUGGCACUGACGAAGAGUCUGACGAUGGCCUUGGUGGUGGUUUUAGCGGAGAAGCUGGCGGAUUUGACGUUGGUGCCACCUUCGGUAACGAGGCAGCUGCUAGCUUUGGCAGUGCUGGGGGCUUUGAUGGUGAGGGCUUCUCUGCAGAUGCUGACAACAAGGUUGCGUCUUGUGUCGAUGCGCACAUGGAAGAAGUAUUUUGUUCGUAUCUAGCCACCAAAAGCGCCCUCAAUCUGGGCAGCUUGGACACGCUAUGCUUCGCCUAUCUACGUCCGCACCUUUUCUCGCCCUCGGACGAACCUCGCGCAGCAUGCUCUGAGCAUCGCGCAACUCAUCCCUAUGCAGCCACCACGAUGGGCAGCUUCUGGCACUCGAUCGCGUAUUUUUUCCGGCUCCCAUUCCACAUCCAAUGGCGGACGGCGCUCGUACAACUCCCGCGCUUCGUGCCGUUAUCUAUCCUGCACCUGACAUCGCCGAAGGGUCCGCACCCAUUCCUGAUUGCGCUGCCGAGCCGCAAGGGACAUCUCAUCUACGCGUACACAUUUGUGCCGCCGGCACCGGUGGACGCGGAUGCUGAGAGUGAGGAGCAGCGGAAAGAGACGGGCGAAUGGCAUGUACCAGUUGUUUUGGACUUACAUGGAGGCGGCUUCAUCAUGGGAUCGCCGCUGGAACAGGCACCGUAUGCGUCGAUGAUGUCGCGUGAGCUUGGGGCCAUAGUGCUGAGCGUGUCAUAUCGCAUCGGACCGUUCCACCAGUUUCCCGCGGCGAUUCACGAUGCAGAGGAUGUGUUAUCUGCGAUUCUGGAUACGAGCGGGACAUCAGAGGCAGGCAAGGUCCUGCGACAAGAGGUGCAGAGAUACUACUCCAUGGUACGGACGAAUGUGCUGGAGGGAAAGAACAAAAACGAGCCGGUCCUUCAACACAUUGAGCAGGUCACGGAUAUAGUGCUUGAUCCCACGCACCUGGCGAUAUCCGGCUUCUCAGCCGGAGGCAACAUCGCGCUCAACAUGGCGAUAUCGGUUCCGCCCUGUCCGCAAAUGGGAAUGAUGGAAUCACAAACACUCGGGCCUGCGGAUCACGAUUGCAUGUCGCCGACCCUUCCGACAAACCGCAGAGCAACAAUCCUAGACGAUCCAUUCCAGUCAUGGCCGUCGCCCCUCCCACCGCCCGAAGUGCAACCACGACUGCUCCCACUGCUACUCUUCUACCCAUCUCUCGAUGCACGGCUGCUGCCCCACGAACGCCCCAGGAAGCCCAUGCCGAGUGCACUCAAACCAGACGACCACCACGUUGAGAAGCCAAGACAACCAGGUCUAUUCUCUAUCUUGGGACCAACGUACCUGCCCAAGAAACUACGGGCGCAUCCUCGUGCUAGCCCCGGUCUCAACGACCCAGAGUAUAUCCAAAAGAACGCGGCUAUUUUUCUUGUGCUACCGGAGAAGGAUUCGCUAGCGGUGCAGAGCGAUGUGUGGGUUGACAAGAUGAAUAGUAGCAACUGGACGGGCCCUGUACGCUUUGGCGAUGGCCGAGCAGGCGAUUGGGACGGUGCCACGGGUGGUGAUAGUGAAGGCCAAGAGUCGUGCUCGAAUGCAUCCAAUGCCAAGAAUGCCGGACUAGAGAUUUGGCACGCACCGGGUUGCAGGCAUGGGUGGACGCAGUUCCCCAAUGCAUUUGUGCCGGAGCAUGAGGCACGUGAGCGCGAGGCGGUAUUUGCACGGACAGUGCGGUUUGUGAGGGAGAAGUGGGAGAGGGAGUUGGUACUGGAAUGCUAGGGGCAGGGGGGGGUGUUUCUGUACGGUACAUAUAUCGGUCUUAUUUUGUUUGAAUCUGACAUCUGAAACGAGGACGAGAAGGGAUGAUGCAUGAAUCGGCAACUGGAUUUAGCAUGGAAUAACUACUAUUAAUCUUUUUUGGUAUGUAUCUACUGCAAAUAGUUUACUAUUAUCAUGACGGCUGUU